AUUGUCCUCCCCACAACUACAAAUCGGGAAAGAGAGAAAAGAGUGAGAAUUUCGGAGAUAAUCAUGGCGAACGUGAAGUUGGCUUGUGGGUUGGUGUUGUUUAUGGUGGUGGCUGGGGCUCUGACCAGCGAGGCUCUGACGUGCGGCCAAGUAGCAUCAUCACUGGCGCCGUGUCUGAGUUACUUGCAAGGUAGGGCUGGUAGUUCUCCGUCGGUAUCAUGCUGCGCCGGCGUCAGGAGCCUUAACAAUGCAGCCCAAACGACACCGGAUCGGAAAACCGCUUGCCAGUGUCUGCAGAGUGCUGCCAGGGCCACCAACUUUAAUCAGAAAAUUGCCGCUAGUCUUCCCGGCGAGUGCGGCGUCAGCAUUCCCUACAAGAUCAGCACCAGCACCAACUGCAACACAAUCAAGUGAAGAAACCGGGUUGACAUGAGAAGAUUAGAAGAGCAUGCGGGCGUCGUCGUAAGACAAUAAUAAUGAUGAAAAAAUAAAAAAUAAAGAAAGAUAGAGGCGACGUCGUUUAUGGAAGUUCAGAGCUGCUGAGUCAGUCUGGAUUGCUCAUAUAAUUUUCUUACUGUUUGUAUUUGCUUGUGUUGUUUGACGCCCUUACUGGUUGUAUGCUUUCGUUGAGAUAAUUUUUAACUAGACAAAUCUUCCUUGUUA